AUGAAUAAAGAUUUCGCCAUUUCUUUUUUACAGUGUAUAGAGCAUGAAAGAGAUCAAGAUGUCGAACAAACUGCACAAAUUCUAAAAUCGUUACCAUUGACUAAAUUAGUAGAGUCUGGUUAUGCAAUUAAUAAUUUGAUUUUACAGAAUAUUAGAAUUGGGUUAGCAGGCAAAAUUUAUGUUGAAUUAGGACCAGAUAAUGCUAUAACUGAUGAAAUAAAACAAAAUGAUAUUAAAGUCGGUGAUAUUGUUAUAAUUAAAAAUAAUCAAAAGGAUUCACAAAGUCGUUCCAUGCACUCAAAAAGGAACAAUAAUAAGCAUAAAACUAAAAAUAAGUUAAGUGAUGGUACUUCUAAAAAUACAGAGCUUGAAGAUAUCUCCUGUAGUGGAGUUGUUUAUAAAAUGUCCAAACAGUUACUUGUGAUCUCUGUAGAUGAAGCUCAAGAGAAUAAUGUUACAAUGCUUUAUAAUUUUAACAGACUAUAUAUUGUUAAAACCACUAAUACAAUAGUGUAUAAAAGAAUGGAAUCCACAAUGAGAAAACUUUUUGAAUUUGAGGAAACACCAUCUAAUCAUAUUGUUCAAUUGUUAUUGAAUCUUUCUUCUUUUACUCCUCAACCCAUAACAGAAGAUGUAACCUUUUUCAACAAAGGAUUAAAUCAGUCUCAAAUGGAUGCAAUUAAAUUCACUCUAUCAAACGAUAUCUCCAUUAUCCAUGGCCCUCCAGGUACUGGAAAAACAUAUACGCUUAUUGAAUUAAUAUUACAAUUAGUGAAAAAUAAGAAACAGAGAGUGUUAGUCUGCGGACCAUCUAAUAUCUCUGUAGAUACUAUUUUGGAAAGAUUAUCAAAGCAUCUUUCAGGGGAUUUAUUACUCAGGAUUGGUCAUCCUGCAAGGUUGUUAGACUCUAAUCUUUCACAUUCAUUAGAUAUUCUGUGUAGAAGUGGAGAAAAUGGUCAAAUAUUAAAAGAUAUUUAUAAAGAUAUCGAUAACACAAUAAAGUCUAUUAAAAAGAUAAAAUCAUUUAAGGAAAGAAGGGAAGCAUGGCAAGAAGUAAAACAAUUAAGAAAGGAACUAAAAGUCCGUGAAAGAAAGAUAGUCAAAGAUUUAGUUAUGGAAGCUAGAGUAAUCGUGGCGACUUUACAUGGAUCAUCGUCCAAGGACCUAUGUUCUUUAUAUAAUACUGAACAAAAAUUGUUUGAUACUAUUAUUAUUGAUGAAGUGUCACAGAGUUUGGAGCCUCAAUGUUGGAUUCCAUUAAUUUCCCAUUAUAAAUCAAAUUACACAAAAUUGGUACUUGCAGGUGAUAAUAAACAAUUACCACCAACAGUAAAGACUGAAGAUGAUAACAAAAUUAAAUCAAAAUUAGAAACUACAAUCUUUGACAGAUUAGAAAAGAUAUAUAAGGAUCAAUUUAAGAAUCUUUUGAAUGUGCAAUACCGAAUGAAUUCACAGAUUAUGGAAUUUGCAUCACAAGAAAUGUAUCAAGGCAGACUAAUUGCUGAUGAAUCAGUGUCUAGCAAGAUACUUUUAGAUUUACCUGACGUGAAAGAAAAUGACGAUACUAUAUCUCCAGUUAUUUGGUAUGACACUCAAGGUGAUGAUUUUACAGAAAGUAAGGAGAUGACUUCAAACCAUAGUAAUAGUAGUAUAAAUAAUAUUAUUGGAUCAAAAUAUAAUGAAAAUGAGGCCUUAUUAGUUAAAUUACAUGUUAAACAUUUAGUUGGUUUGAAUGUUCCAGAAGAUGCUAUAGGUAUUAUCUCACCGUAUAGUGCUCAAGUAUCGCUUUUAAAAAAAAUAAUUAGUCCAAGUUAUCCAAACAUUGAAAUUUCUACUGUAGAUGGAUUUCAAGGUAGAGAAAAAGAAGUCAUUAUAUUAACGCUGGUAAGAAAUAAUGAAAACUUUGAGAUUGGAUUUUUAAGUGAGGAAAGAAGAUUAAAUGUUGCAAUGACAAGACCAAAAAAACAAUUAUGUGUUGUGGGGAGCAUUGAAAUGUUACAAAGGUGUGGAAAUCAAUAUUUGAGGCAUUGGGCUAAUUGGAAUGAGGAGAACAGUGAGCUGAGAUAUCCUGAUAUAGAUGAAUUAUAUGAAAUGAAUGAGAGUUAA